AUGCGUGGGAAGCAUGCCUCACACGAUGCAGGCCCAGAGCCUCGCGAACUGGGCAAUAAAGAAGAGGCGUCUUUUCAGGUGAUAGUGCUGGGGUCUACCGGUGGACCUCGCGAGGACAAUAUCACAGGAAUGUUGGUGAGGGCGCCUCAGUCGGAAUGGCGCAAGAGUUCCAUGAUCGCAGUUGAUGCUGGGGCGCACUUGUCCAGCAUGAUCCGCAUCCUUCAGAGAGAAAUGCCGUUGAUGUCUGAGAAAGUACCGCCAAAGGGAUACUCGCAACUAUUGGAAAAGGGACCUUUUGCAGGCCUUCGCUUUCCAAACAUCAGUGCGAAAGCCAAUGCACUCUACAUCUUCCGCGAAAUCCUCCAUGGUUUUCUCAUCACGCAUCCACAUCUGGACCAUCUCUCGGGCAUGGCCAUCAACACUCCGGCGCUCGAAUAUGGCAGAGAGGCGAAAGCAAUUGUGGCUUUGCCCUCCACAAUUGAAGCCAUCAAGAAUCACAUUUUCAACGACUGGCUCUGGCCGAACUUGUCGGACGAAGGCAAUGGAGUUGGCUUUGUGACCUACAGACGGCUAAUCGAAGGCGGAAAUCCCAGACUAGGACUGGGUGAGUCUCGAGGCUAUGUCAAUGUCUGCGAUGGGUUGGCAACCAAAUGCUGGAGCGUGAGCCACGGCAAAUGCCAGAGGAGGUCACACAGUGCGUCCUUCCAGCAUGGCGACUCUUUCGGGUAUGCGUCCGACUACAACUUUCCCUCUAGGAGACUAUCGCGGAUAUCGGACGAUCAUGGCUAUUUUGCUGCUGUCGCUCAGCAACAAUCACAGAAUGCCGGUGCCUAUCCUCCAGGGCCAGUUCAGACGUCGACUGGUCCAGUAACGCCGGGUGGGCCCCUUGCCUCGAACAUCCUGGACAACUGUCAUCUCUUUGAGCCAGUCUCGAGUUCUGCAUUCUUCAUUCGCAACGACGCGACGGGCAACGAGCUGCUCAUCUUUGGCGAUGUCGAACCCGAUUCGGUAAGUCUGUCACCUCGCAACCACAUCAUCUGGGAUGACGCGGCUGGUAAAGUUGCCAGUGGGAUGCUUAAAGGCAUCUUCAUCGAGUGUUCAUAUGACGACAGUGUACGCAACGAGGAUCUUUACGGGCACCUCUGCCCAAGACACUUGGUUGCCGAGCUCACAUUUCUGGGCAAUUGUGUUAUGAGUCGGCGUAAACAAAAGACCUCCUAUGAUGCUGUUGUCACGGAUACCACCCCAGGUAGCCCGAUUCCCACCCGACCUGCCGAAGCCUCAUCGGUACCGGAUCUGAUGAUACGACAGCCGCCGACACCAUCAGAACUGAAGCGCAAACGAAAGCGGGCGGUGAAUGGAGAUCUCGCCGUUACGCCGGAGGUCUCACGCGCCCACUUCGACGGCUUGCCUUCACCACAACCUAUACCCAGCGGGUAUGUAGGACAUCGAUCUGUGUCAUCGACGCGCCAAAAGCGCUCACACGAGCCGCGAGAAGGCGACCACGCAGCAAUCUCGUCUACUCCAGGACGUGGGCGUAGCGUCACCUUCCAGGCGGACUCGGCCACUACGCCUGUCCAACCUCUAAGUGAUCUUGCACUCGCGUCAGCAACAAUACCGACAACCCAGAAUCACCAACAUUCAUCUUCCCUCUCAAACAUCCAGCGAGAAAGACUCCCCGAACCUCUAAAAGGCGUGACAGUACAUAUUAUUCAUGUCAAGGAUACGCUGAUGGAUGGUCCUGCCCCAGGAGAUGUGAUUCUAGGACAGCUACGAGCUCUGGGUGAGGAGGCAGGGUUAGGAUGCGAUUUUAAUGUGACGAAUUGUGGGGACAGUAUCUGGGUUUAG